AUGCAUCCUUGCUGGAGAAUUGCCCACCGGAUCCUAUCAACAUCUAUCUUUGCUCGUCACGAGCCAGGACAAAUCAACACCGUUGAGUUGUAUUUUCUCUAUUGCAUGUCGCGCCACUGUUGGUCUUUGCCCGAUUUCGCCACCUUCUUUUUAGACAAAUGUGACAGCCUCAGGACGAAGACCACUAGUGAUAUUUGUAUUAGAGGUCUCAUUACCCUCAUUGGUUUGGGUAUGAGCCUUCAAUUUCCAGCAUCUGAAUAUGUCCCAGUGGAUGAUCCACCUCUUUACCUUCUCGAUUGCAUUACUCUCAUGCGGAUGGAAUUAAUUCUACCUCAUCCUAAUCUUCUUGGACAUUUCUCUUGGCUAAACCAUGUCAAGGACCCAGUUUACAUCUUACCCAAUCCAAGUAUCUCCACCUUCACCACCAAUGACCCCGAAACAUGGUUUUUGCCUCAAGACUUGCCAGACGAUGAUGACGCAGCCGCGGAUGAUGACACGCAGGUGGAUCCUGACAAUGCUGAUAGCCCAUUCGAGGCCGAAGACCAUUAUGGUCUCCCAAUCCGCCAGCUACCUCCACCUCAUCCAGCUCAAGCCUCUGGGUCACACUUUCAGCCCUCGCGAGAACACUCCCAGCCACAGUAUGACUACCACUCACACCAGCAACCCAAUGAGCUCGACCCUGCACACGAAUUUCCUCUCGAUAUUUACAGCCAACUUGCUUCCUUGCGCCUCCAAGGCAAUAGAAACACCACAGCCAUCCAUCGCAUAGAGGAACAACAAGCACGCACCCACACUUACAUGGAGGACCUAUGGUAUCAUUUUCGGCCCGAGGACGGUUAUCCUCCUCGCAGCCCUCCUCCAUCUUGA